AUGGCUGCCAGCCCAAUUCAGAAUGGACUUUUCCUCCACGACAACACCGUCGCCCCCGAGCACCCUAGCUUAAUGAGCAUGUUCUCCCUGAAGGGUAAGACUGCCAUCGUGACGGGUGCCGGUGCCGGUAUUGGACUGGCCGUUGCGCACGGCCUGGCUGAAGCCGGUGCUAACGUUGCUCUGUGGUACAAUUCCAACGGACAGGCCGCCGAGCGUGCGGCAGAGAUUGCCCAGAAGUAUGGUGUCCAGGCCAAGGCCUACCAGGUCCAGGUCACCGACUACAAGGCUGUACAAGAGGCUACUGAUACCGUGGUGAAAGAGUUCAAUGGCCGAUUAGACGUUUUUAUUGCCAACGCUGGUAUUCCCUGGAUCCAAGGCCCCAUGCUGGAUGGAUCCAUUGAGCACUAUCGCGACGUCAUAAACGUUGAUCUUGACGGCACCUACUACUGCGCUAGGGCUGCUGCUUCACACUGGCGCCGCCAGAAGGAGGAAGGCACUGAUAUCAAUGGCAACAAGCUCACCAACUUCACAUACGGCAGCUUCGUUGCUACUGCUUCCAUGAGCGGUCACAUUGUCAACAUCCCCCAGUUGCAGGCUGCCUACAACGCCGCCAAGAGUGGCGUUGUUCAUCUCUGCAAAUCUCUCUCCGUCGAAUGGGUCCGUUUUGCCCGCGCUAACACCGUCUCCCCCGGCUAUAUCCUCACAGAAAUCUCCAAAUUCGCCCCCGAGGAGUUCAAGAGACUCUGGCGGGACAAGAUCCCUAUGGGUCGCGCGGGUGAGGCGCACGAGUUGAAGGGUGCUUAUCUGUACCUCGCCUCGGAUGCUUCCACUUAUACCACCGGCACCGAUAUCAUCGUCGACGGUGGUUACUGCGCCCCAUAA